AUGAGCCUUGGCGAUGUUAUCAGGCGGUGUGGGAGGACCAAGGAUCUAGCACUCGCGAGAGAAAUCCACGCGAGUGUUUCGCCGAUCGGUCUGCGGCACGAGACUCGCCUGUGCAAUCAGAUGAUUCAGAUGUUUGGGAGCUGUGGGAGUUUGGAUGAUGCGAGGUUGGUGUUUGAUGGAAUCGCCAGCCCCAAUCUAUUCUCUUGGAACAAUCUCCUGGCCGCGAUUGCCAAGAACUCCAGCGCCCGCGAGGCGGCAGAUUUCUUCGAGAAAAUGCCGACGAGAGAUGCCGUGUCGUGGAAUUCUCUCCUCGGAGCUUUUGCCGCCGUCAGGGAUUUCGGGGCUUUCGAAGGGAUUCUCGAUAGAAUGCCACAGUGGGAUUCUUUCUCUUGUAAUCUCCGGUUGAAAGCUUUGCUAGAUCGACAGGAUUUCGAGGCCGCGACGAAAUUCUACGAUUCGAUGCCUUGCAGGGAUGAAAUCUCGCUCAACACAAUGAUCGCUGCUUACACUCGAAUCGCGGUCGCGGAUGUGAAAGCCGCCAAGAACAUCUUCGAAUGCUCCCCUGCUCGCGACUCCUCGACAUGGAAUGCGAUGCUCCACGCGCUCACCGCGAGCAAGCAAUCGAUCGCCGCGGGUGAGCUCCUGGAAAAGAUGCCGCAAAGGAGCAUCGAAUCGUGGACGGUUCUUCUCCAUCUCUACGAACAAACUGGGGACUUUCGAGGCUCCAAGUCAAUCUACGAAAAUCUCCCCUACACCGACGUCAUCGCAUCGACUGCCAUGAUCAGAGUCGCGGCGCGGACGGGAAAUCUCGAUCACGCGAAAGAGUUGUUCGAUCAAAUUUCUUCACGCGAUCACAUUUUGUGGACAGUGCUCUUGGGUGAGCUAGCUCGACAGCAAGAAAUAGAAUAUGCCUACGCCAUGUUUCAAAAGAUGCCUCAAUGGGACAAUGUAUCGUGGAAUUCUAUGCUUGUGGCAUAUGCCGAGAUUGGGCAAAUUCAAAACGCGGAAAUAUUGUACAGAAAGAUUCCUUUUCCAGAUGUUUUUUCCACUAGCAUCAUGGUAAAUCUCUACGGACAGGUAAAUUUACCGUUGAAGGCUGAGGGUUUGUUUCUGGCUACGUGUGUGAGAAAUGCAGUGGUGUGGACGGCUUUACUAGCGGCAUUUGCCUAUUCCAGGCAUUUAGAGAAGGUAAAGUUCCUAUUUACACGGAUGCCUUGUUGGAACAUGGUGGCAUGGACGGGUGUGAUGGUCGCUCACGCGUCUGUCGAUGAGCUAUCGACGGCUAGGAUGGUGUUUGAUGACAUCCCUGAGGUGGAUAUGCCCGCCUGGAAUGCUUUGAUAGCAGCAUAUGCCUUGAAAGGGCAUUUGUCUCAGGUGGUCGAGCUCUCCAAUUGCGCGAGCUUGGAAGGGAUGAUAGCCGACGAUGCCACGUUUAGCAGCAUUCUCUCUUGCUUUAGGGUUUGUGGAUCGGUCGAGGAGGGCCGGUGGUGGUUCCUGGUGAUGGUGUCGGAUCACCGAUUGAGGGCUGGAAUGGAGCAUUACUUGUGUAUGAUCGAUAUUCUGGGGCGCGCGGGGGAGCUAGCGAAGGCGGAGGAGCUGAUCCAGAGCAUGCCAUUCCAGCCGGACGCCGUGGCGUGGAAGAUUUUGGCCAAUGCGUGCAAGAUCCACCGGGAAAUCGAGCGGGGCAAGCAAUCCGGGGAGGCGGCGCUGGCGCUGGAUCCAGAUCAGGUGUCGCCCUAUGUGAUUCUGGCGAACAACUACAGGGAAAAGGGAGGAAUGUGUGACUAG